AUGACGGUAGACGGCCGGGGACCUGCGCUCCCCGUUAUGGGUUUGUCCCAGGUUGACCAGGCUUUUGGCUUGGAAGCGGACCGCCUCAAAAACCAGCCGCGCAUGUUCAAGAGGCACAAGGUUCUGCCACACCCACGCAAAGAGGCCGUUGUGGGAGUAACGAACUUGCAAGUUCAACGGUCGCGAUCGCGUUCCGGGCCGGAAAAGCAUGUCGAGACUGAACCUCCGCUGUCACAAACUGUUAUCUCCCCGGCGAGUCGACGACCUCGUCAGCAAGGGCUCCACGUACCAAGACAGCGACGAGGAAGGGGUCCUGAACCGCCACCAACGCCGCCAGCGCAUUCACGAACCUCGUCGACGAGCCAUCCCGUUGACCCGUCCAGCGACGAGCCGGAUGACGCUGAAAGCCCGGCGCAAAGCAUAGAGACGGUCCAGCCGCAGUCUCCAGCUACCCCUCCUAAUCCACAGACACCUCUCACGCCCGAAAUAACACCCCCAGGUCCGGCUGAGUCUCAGCUCAGGGCACGACCUCCGCUUUAUGAUCGACUCCAGUCGAAAAUCACCACCGAGUCGAGCUUCCAGUCGUAUAGAACCGCGCCAGAGGUUCCUCUGACGUCUCCUGAUGAGGAGGACGGCGGGUCAUCGCUCCUGAGACCGGUGCUCUCAUCAGCCCAGACAUCUCGGAGCACUGUCAGGCAGUUGAAGGCGGAUGGGAAAGAGAAGGUUCAGCCCGUGGGCUUGGGGCUUGGGCUCGAGUCGGGUGAGAAGGAAGCCGAGGCUCCAAAUAAAACCAGGGAAUUUGAGAAAUUUGAUGGAGGGUGGACAUGCGAGAAUGGUGAGGUGGCAGAGGAAUGGAACGCAACUCGCAUGAGGAAUGUGUCGAUAAGAAAGCGAAAGGUAUCAGCGCAAAAAAUGGAGGAUCACAACAACAACGAGGUCCUUGAGGACUCGACUGUGUCUGCAACAAACGCCACCAAAGCGCUGCGCUCUGUGUCGCUACAGGACAGCCCGACGACCUAUCCUGCACGCAGAGUCGUCUCAGAUCGGGUGCCGAAUCGAGGACCGCCGUCCAUGUCCGAAUCUUCGAUAGGCUCUGACGCCAAGCGCUCCUCCAUCAUGUCCAAUAGGUCGACAACUUCGACUGUGGUCGACCACCCCGAUGCAGCCCCUCGGCGGCGGAAGACGCUACGACACAUGAAGAAGCAGAUUGACUUGCGCGACUCCAGCUCCGAGCUUUCACCUGCCAGUUCAGCGCCUACAUCUACGUCGGCAGCCGUGGAAGAACCACGUAGGGGGCCUCUGCCAGCUUCGAGACUAGGAGACACUGGGCGAGAUAGCCAUGCGUCUAUGGCUACUUUGAGCUCAAUUUCGAGUCACAAAGCUCGGCGAGAGGCCUGGAAAGCGGGCGCGAUUGCGGUUGCCAUUGUGCCCGAACGUCGAUCGUCGAUCAAGUCCAACAAGUCCAACACUGCAAGAACCCCGUCUUUGAGGUCAACAAGCACGAGGCGAUCCCAGCGAAGCCAGAGUCUCAGCUCUGCACCGCAAUCACGUACAUCCAAGAGCGUUGAGCGAGUUCCUAUCUUUGAUCGACCACAACGCCGAGGUAGAGCCCACUCCGAAUCAGAUGGAGGUAGAAGUGCUGGAGAUGAGCGGACGAUCGAUUUUCCUCCUGUGAUACCGAAGCGGUCGUCUUCUCUCUCGGCCCCUACGAGUAGGAAUGCUUCUAGAAGUGGCUCGCUUACGGCAGAGAGCCUCAAGGCGCACAACGCCAUCCAGGCACAGCAUCAAGAACUGCAAAAGGCUAGCCGGGAGCUCAAUAAGCUUGUAAACCAGCACGCGGAGAGUAAUGAGAGGGUCAGAGAGCAAAGGGUGGGGCUGCAACAUCCCCCUGAGCUGAAGAUUGUCACCAAGUCUCCGCAGCCCGAAGUCACAAUCCAGCAGGUUCUGCCGGAACAGCGUGCUGAGAGUAGAAAGACUGUGUCAAGCCCAGACCGCGAAGGGGAUGACCAUCACCUUUCCGUGGAUCGGUACGGUGACCCGUUGUUUGGAAAGCGGCUCUCUGCCCAGAACACCCCCUUUUCUAUCGCUUCAGUCGAGACGGCGGGCACUUCUCACGCUGAAGUCUCGGAGGCCAUGGCGGUUAAUAUCUACCCGCACCAGAGCAAGUCUGUCGUGCUGGUCGACCACUCAGCCAAGCCUUCCGAGAGCUCCUCGCUCGAGAAUCCUGUCAUAAUCGCAGAACCAGCCACACCACCCCAGAGGCGGUUUUCUUUUGAAGAAGUCGUCGACUCACCGUUGCGAAACCCGCGAGCCCCUCCCGAGCCACCUCGUCCGCCAGUCAUCAACUUCAUCCCGGCUACUCCCUCGGGCUUGACGCCCAUGACGGAAAGGCAGAAGAUGCUGGGGAACUACUUUGAGGUGAAUGGUGAGGGUGAAAAGCCAAAGCGUAGCCAGUCGCUGCUUCGGCGUGCCUUGACUGGGGGGCGGAAGAAGCCGGUUGGUGAUCAGUAUGGUCCUUCACCGUCCCGUCCAGGGUUGAUAACUAGGACUUUCUCCCUUGGCCGUCAUGAAUCCAAACCGCAGCGGCCGGGUCUCAAGCGCCGCCGUAGUACGGAUGAUCAUCCCAGGGAUGAGCACCUUCUCCACCCCUUUUGGCGACCUGCCUACGCGGAAGACUCGAUGUCCGAUUCUGAAUCCGACCCAGACGAAGACUAUUAUGAGGAGAGGGGAAGAAGGUACAAGUACCCGCUUAUUGACAACCGCCCUGGUGGUGCUCCUGCUAGAAGAAGGAGUUUGAGCCAGCGUCUCAAGCGGACGUUUGCGAUUUUGCCGGUGCAGGAUAAACACCAGGAUGAUGGGUACGAGGAUGAUUACUAUGCUGUUGCUGCCGGGUCGGGGCCAAAUGGCGAGGUUGACCGGAGAACGAUUAGGAGGACGCCAUCGGGGAAUCUGAGGGUUAUGCGCUUUCGGAAGUCGUUGGAGUCGCUUAGGCCGGUGACGGCGCCGGAACAGCAGCAGCAGGUGUCGAGGCCGCCGGUUACACGGAUUGGGAGGCCGCUGCAGGGGUUGGUGAGACGGUUGUCGAGGGGACGGUCACAGGAGAGGCCGGUGGGGAUCGGGGUUGGAUCAUCAUUGGUGGGUGGGAGUGCUGGGGAGGAGAAGGGGGGCUGGGUGGAUAGGAUGAAUUUGGGGAGGAGGUUGAGCGAGAAGCGGAGGGAGAAAAGGACGGAGGAGUUGAGGAAGAUGAUUUCGAGGCCGAGGGAGGUGAGGGAUGGGGUGGGGGAUGUGAUUAGACGGAUGAGUUGGGUUGAGGAGCAGAGGGAGAGGGAGAGGGGGGGUGGUUGUGGGAUGGGGAUGGGGGGGGAUAAGGGGAGGGCGGGAAGGAUGACGAUUAUUGAUUAUGGGUAUAUGAAUGCAUGA